AUGGAAAUGGACACCAUGAUCUCGUCAACCAGCUCGUCCUCGUCGUUUCGCUGGCAGUCUGAGGACGUGUACUUCGCUCAAGCUCGCGACGUUCCCUGGGGUGACGCUCGUCUCGCCAGCAUCGAAGAUGUACGCAUCACACUGCCUGUCGAGCCUGUUGACACUCGUACCGUCGACAACGCUUUUCACAGCGAGUCUGACGAAGAGAGGGAGGCAAAGCCCGAGCAGGGGCAGGGGCAGGGGCAGGCGCAGGCGCAGGCGCAGGCGCAGGCGCAGGCGCAGGCGCAGGCGCAGGCGCAGGAGCAGGAGCAGGAGCAGGAGCAGGAGCAGGAGCAGGAGCAGGAGCAGGAGCAGGAGCAGGAGCAGGAGCAGGGACAGGGACAGGGACAGGAGCAGGUGCAGGAGAUUCAGCCAGCUAUAUCAGUACGUCAAUCUAAGGAGCUUGAUGAUACCAAGUUACUCGCAACCCGACAAACAACACCAUCGCCAACUGACGUAUCGGAAGAGAAGACGCCGGUGUCAUGGAUGAAACGAUAUGCGGGAACCAUCUCCUCUGCCAUCUCCUCUGCGGGCGGGAUGAUGAAGAGUCAAGGGCUCAUGGAGUUUUCUCGUCGUCAAAGGCGGUCGGUAGAGAUGAGCGUGCAGACGAAGGAUGAUGGCUCUCAGACUGUUCGCUGGUAUCGGAUCUCCAUGAUAGACCCGAAGGCGUGUGAAAGCACCGGGUUCGCCUAUGCUGAAGUCUGGCUGCGGCAGCAUCGGCACGAGGCUUUAGCGCAUGGCACUGAAGGUUUCCGGAGGAGCAAAGACGUCAGCAGGUUGAUUCACGCCAUUCACAAUCGGUCAGCUCGGGGGUUCAACAUACAUGAUAUUCAUGGAACUGCUGAGAGAAGAUACGCGCCAGCUUGGGGCAACCCGGCUACAGGCAGCGCAGGACGAGCAAGUGUAGACCGACGCAGCAACGACGGGGAAGGAGACGGCGAGCCGAUGGCCAAGAGACUCCGUUGGAGUGGUCAUGUUCAUCGACUAACCGAGCAGUUUCAAACGUCAGCUGCCAUGGGCUAUAUCGGGAAUGACUGGAACCGCCAGCUCGACAGCUUCAUUGACUUGGCGCUCGACAAGCACACAUGGUACGAGAAAGGGAAAGGAUUCCCCGGGCUUGCAUGGGCCCGCAAGGAGUUGGAUUGGCAUGAUCUUUCCUUCAUGCAAGAAGAUGACGAGAACAGCAUGUUUGAUCGGAGAGUCGUCUCCGCGAAGCAGAUCUUCGAUGUGUCAGUAGGGGUUCCCGUGCUUGACCCUGAUACUGGUCACCUCCUGGCUAUCGUGAUGAUGUACCGUGCUAAGACCAAGUGCGAGAUCGAGCCACAAGAAAUAUCGAAGACCGAAUCAAAACUGGAAAGCGCUGAGCUCCAACGGUCUUUACACUUGAGACUGCCUGUCGUCUCAGCUCAGCGGCUGCAGGAGCUUGCAAGGGUGGCCUACUGGUCGAUACAGAUGCAAGAAGCAGCCAGAGAGUGCGAUGCUGCGUUCCAGGCGAUCAAACCUGUACAUGUUAACGGCUCAAGUCACCUCCAACCCAAGAGACUGCGAAAACUGAUCAAGAAAGAAGAGCAAGAAGAAAUGAAUCAUACUUGGACGCUUCGAACUUAUCAUUUCAUCAAGAAGUACUUCAAGAAGUUUCGAGGCAUGCCGGGGGCUCAAAUUCCUCCUGGUCAUGAUUGGUACUUUGUUUUCUGGACCACAUUCGGUACAUUUGUAUCCAUCCUCCUUCUUACAGGGUUAAAUGAAGUCUUCAAGCGGAUCAGUUACUCGUCCAACCAAUCAAAGCUGGAAGGAGGGUAUCCGAAGGCCUUCGAGACUUUCGUUGCCCUGAUCUCGUACUUGUCAGAUGGGCAGUGGGUAGCGACGCCUCUUGCGCCGGCUGUGUCGACCAUGAUCAUGGCAAAGACAGCUUCUUACAAGCUCACAGGGCUACUGCACCCGCCUGCCUGUGCUGCUGCUGUCAUCUUCCUAGCGGGUGACCCGCUAGUCAGAAACAUGGGCUGGCUCUUCAUUGUUAUUCCUGUCACCUUUGACUGUGUGCUUCUGCUUGUUCUUGGAGUCAUUAUCAACAAUAUUGCAAACGACAGAUCAUAUCCUGCCUUCUGGUGAACGACAUGAUGAUGCGAUGAAGUGCAGUUCUUCAAGAAUCUUUCAUGACGAGACGCUAAUAAGGAUCUGAGACACACUCACCAGAUGAGACGAACGAGUCGAAAUUUCUGUGAUAAUAUUAGAUACUGUUAAAUUAUGAGCCAAAUUCACGUGAUUUCCAUGUCUUUUACAUUCGAGCAAGGUCAUCAUUCUGCUAGCAAUCAAUGCAACAUAGUGAUCACUUUCGAGAGUUGAAUUGACUCAUGGCUCUGAGCUCUUCCCAGCCGUAUCAGAACAUGUCACUGGCACCAGAAGUUGUCACCCUGCUCUGACUCCAUCUCUUACGCAAGUCAUAAACCUACCUCAACUUUGAAAUGACUCGCCAUUAGGGUCAGCAUCUGAGUCUCCGAUAACACAUGCAGGUGAUCUGUUGCGACCUCUCACUAGCUCAUCUCUCCGAUAACACAUGUAGAUGAUCUGUUGCAACCUCUCACCAGCUCAUCUCUCCGAUGAGACAUGUAGAUGAUCUGUUGCAACCUCUCGCUAGCUCAUCUCUCCGAUGAGAC